AUGGCUUGUGCUGUGGACUCAGAAGAGAUGCAGAAAGGUGUAGGUCACAUUGUUGAAGAUUUCACUGAUAUUCUCACGGAAGUACUCUGCAGAACAGAUCUGAGGAGCCUGAUAACUGAAGAUGGAGCCUGGGACGGAUUUGUGAAAGCAGCAGAAUUGUCAAGGGAGGAGGAGGCUGUACUGCGUGAUGCUCUGAAGGAACAUUUAGCAAAGGAGCCCACAGAUGAAGAUGAUGGACCUCAAAGGGAGCAGCAGAAGAAGAGAUUUUUAAAAGAGUUUCCUGAGUUGAAAAAGAAACUAGAGGACCAUAUCAGGAAGCUCCGAGAGCUGGCUGGCCAUCUUGACCAGAUGCACAAAGACUGUACCAUCUCCGAUGUGGUGUCCAGGUCUGUUGAUGCUGUCUCUGAAGUCCUGGGCAUCCUUGGUUUGGUUCUGUUACCCUUUAUAGCAGGGACCAGACUGGUACUCUCAGCAACCUCCAUGGGAGUGGCAGCAUCUCUGAUUAGUCUUAUGUUCACUAUUGUGGAAGAAUCAAUCACACUAUCAAAUGAAUCUGAAGCCAGUAGACUGGUGGGAGCCAGCAUGAGCAUACUUGAAGAGAUUCUGAAGAUCCUGCCUAAGAUCACAGUCAAGGUUUGUGAUACAGGUUUGGAAUUAGUCGAUACCUUCAAAAGCGUCAAGAAUCAUAUCCAAGCCUUCAGGGCAGCCAGUUCCAUCUCUUCCUCUGGAGCAGCAGCCAGUAACCCCACAUCCACUGGAAGAAGCUCUGUGCAAAGUGUUCUCCCCACGACCAAAGGAGCCAGGAUUAGAGUAGGAGGGUUUACAAGCUUCUUCUUUGCCUGUGAUGUGUAUCACCUUGUGAACCAAUCGGUGGAUCUGUAUGAUGGGGCCAAAACAGAGUCAGCUGGAGCACUGCGGGACCUGGCUCUCAAGCUGGAGGAGAAGCUGCGGGUAUUUGAGCAGAUCUACAAGACUCUGCAGUCAGACCUGCCUCAGUGA